UAUAACACACUCGAAACAGUUCGAUUCAUUUCCUCAAGAAAAAUCCAUGGCGUUCAAGAUCAAGCUGCUCUCUCUCCUCUCCCUCUUCUUCUUCUUCUCUCUCCCAAAUUCAGCCUCCCCCACUGAUCCACCAGCUCCGAAGCCGACGGUCUACGAAAUCCUGCCCAAAUUCAGCCUCCCCAGCGGCCUCCUUCCGGCCUCCGUCGUCAACUACACUCUCUCCGACGACGGCCAAUUCGAGGUCUAUUUGGAGAAUCCGUGCUACAUACCGUUCGAUUACCUCGUCUAUUACGAAGAGAAGAUCACCGGCAAGCUCAGCCUCGGUUCGAUCACCAAUUUGAAGGGAAUCCAGGUGCAGCGGCUCUACUUCUUCUGGUUCGAUGUUGACGAGAUCAAGGUCGACCUGCCGCCUUCCGGAAGCAUCUACUUCACCGUUGGGGUCAUCAACAAGGAGCUCGACGUUGAUCAGUUUCUGAAUGUGCGCUCUUGCAAGGAUAAAGCCGUGACUUCUGUUGUUGAGAUUACAACUUCAGUUGAUGACAUCCCGAUGCUUAUGACCGAGUAGCCUCAGCUGAACGUAAGCUCCAUAUCUGAGGAUUCUGCAAUGCACUACCACUAUCAUAAGUUUUAGUAUAAGUAGCUAAGCUCAAGCUGUCUCUCUCUUUUACACGAGGAAGCAACGAGGUCGCAUUUUAUGUACUAUAUCGAACGUUUGUGUGACUCUGAGAUCUGAGUAUCUGAAGGAGAACCUUGUACUGUAAUAUGAUUGUGAAUGAAAUCUACAAUAAUAUUGUCCUA